AUGGCUGCCCCGGCUCAUGUGGCAUCCUCCGAGUCGCCCACGCCGGGCCCUCCGGCUGUGGAUGGUCGCCGCCGUCGUCGCAUUCUCCCCUGGUAUCUGCCGCCCGAAUGGACGCGCUCCUCGCCCUCUCCCCCAUCGUCGAUCCUACAGGCGGCGCAUCUCGCUCGGGAAUACACCAACUCGACAGAUUCCCAUCGCAUCGCACACUCUGACAUUCCCCUGAUCAUCCACCAGCAAUGGGGUAACACCGACAUCCUCCAAUGGCCCGAUGGCAUCCGCGCCGGCGCUGAAAAAUGGCUGGCCAGCGCCGCGUCCGAGGGUAUGGCAUACUUGUUGUGGACGGACGAUGGGAUUGCCCAAUUCUUGGAGAAAUACGAACCCGACUUCACUCCCACCUAUCGUGCGUUGACGUGGAACGUCGAGCGCUCCGACGUGUUCCGCGUUCUGGCCGUGAAAUGGAUCGGAGGAAUCUACGCGGAUAUCGACACGCUUCUGCUGCGGCCACUGUCCACCUGGAUCGACGCCCAAGACAUCGCCCCGUGGACGGACCCAGUCACCGGCAAGGAGCACAACUCCACAGGUCCGGUGGGCGCCAUCUUCGGCCUGGAGGCGGACUUUGACCCCGACACCGACCUGUAUUGGCGCCGAGGAUACCACUAUCCGGUGCAGCUCACUCAGUGGGCACUGGCGGCCACAUGUGGGCACCCGGUGCUGUCACGCUUCAUUGACUACAUCCGCACCCAUCUCGAUGCCACCGCCCCGGGCUACGUGGGCGACGAUGACCCGUCCACUCGCACCUUUCAGCGCGUCAUGGACAGCGACCCGGUCAGCGCAACAGGACCCGCAGCGAUCACGGAGACGGUGCAGUCAUGGCUGGAAGAGAAGGCCGGAUUGCGAUGGAAUGCGGUCACCGGCCGACACGACGAUGGCCGCAGCAAGCUGGUGGACGAUGUGCUGAUCCUCCCCAUCACAGGAUUCAGUCCUAGCAAGAAUCGAUGGGAUCACCACCGGGAUGGCCCUAAACAGCAGGCGGUAUGGCCAGUCGGCUGCCCGAUGACUUCACCUUCAGGUACCUCUUUGGGCCAUCCUCGUGACCGCUUCCUUUCCUCUUCUUUUCAUCUCCUUCUUUCUCAGUACUUACUCUUCUACCUGCUGGACCGGGAGUACGUGCACCGUCCCACCGCCCCGGCCGCCUGGUGGCCCGAGCCGCACGCCAACAUCCUAGCGGGCCGCGACCUUGCCCGCGCCAUCCAGGGCACCUGGAUGGGGAUCACGCGCGAAGGGAAGGUCGCCGUGCUGACGAACUACCGCGAGAAGAAGACGGACCAGGUGCAGGGCCAGCAGAGCCGGGGCGCGAUCGUGAGCAGCUGGCUGGCCGAGGCGGGCGCGCAGCCGACGCGCGAGUUCGUGCAGAAGAUGGUGGCGAGCCCGACGGCGCGGGAUGUCGGGGGGUUCAGCCUGGUGUGCGGGUACGUGCACGAGCCGCUGGCGGUCGUGUCGAACCGGUCGUCGACGAUGGACUCGAUCAGCUGGCUGGCCACGGCCAAGGGGCAGACGGUGGGGCUGAGCAACACGACGUUUGACGACCGGUCGUGGCCGAAGAUCCUCGACGGCGAGCGGCUGGUGGACGAGGCGAUUGCGGCGCAUGCGCGGGAUGGCGAGGACGAGGACGCGCUGAUUGAGAGGUUGCUGGCUGUCUUGAAUCGCAAUACGCUGCCGCGCCUGGCGGACGACGCCACGGCGGAGGACUACCUGCCGUAUUUUAGGAAGAGUAUCUUUAUCCCGAUUCUGGGGGUGAAGGAGAAGCGCGAGCCGGCGGCGAAUGGCGCCCCUCCGGCGUGUGUUGAGGGGCACUCUGCGGCUCCGGAUCAGAAGGGUGACCCGCUGGACCAGACGUAUUUGCACGGCGCGUACGGCACGCAGCAGCAGACGAUCAUCCUGGUAAGCAACUCGGGCCGCGUGCGGUACUUUGAACGCACGCUCUACAACGACGAUGCAGAGCCCAUUCCGACGGGGGAGGGCGACCGGUCGUAUGAAUUCCAGGUGACCCGAUCAUAG